GGGCCGCACUUCCCUUCCCCUUGACCUCCUCUCUGCCUGCCACCCCCGCGCCGCCCGGCCCGCCCGGGCCCUUGGGCACCACAGCGCUGCUCUGCGACAGCCAGUUUUGGGUGCAGCCGCCGCCACGCGAGCACGCACGCACUUCCGCUCCGCCGCGCCCUCGAGUGAGCCCAGCAGAGCCUCAGCACCCCGUGUCCACCCGCGUGCAGUCACACCCACCUACCUGUUGAGUGCCGCGCAUUAUUUUGAAUCUGCGCGCGCCUGUCCUCUCGCUUUGGACCAAUCGUGAGACGCAUCUCGUCCUGGGGGCGGCCAAUCAGGAAGAAGCCUCGCGCCCACCGCGGGCCCGCUCUCCAGUUGGAAGCGGCUAGAAGCGGAUUUACCUCGGCUUGUCCCGGCGCGAGGCUCGACCAGGCGCUGUCCAUGUGAGGCCCGCGGCAGUCGCACGAGUCGCACCCACGGCACCAUGUCGCGCGCACCCGCACCCCGCACACCGCUGCCGCAGCUGCCGCAGCUGCCGCAGCUGCCGCAGCUGCACCUCGGCCGCUGGCUGCUGCUGCUGGCGCUCCUGGCGCUGGCCGCCGCGCUCCCGCUCGAGGGCCAGCCCCCGCGCCGCCGCCCGCAGGGCGCGCCGUCCAACCACAGCCGCAUCCUCAUCAUCGGCGCGGGGGCGGCUGGCUACGCGGCCGCCGCCCGCCUCAUGGAGAACAACGUCUUCGACCUGACGGUCCUGGAGGCCGAGCCGCGCAUCGGCGGCCGCGUCAACACGGUGCGCUUCGCGGAGAACAUCGUGGACCUGGGCGCCGAGUGGGUGCACGGCGAGGUGGGCAACGUCGUCUACGAGAUGGCCGGGCCGCUCGAGCUGCUCGAGCACCAGGGCAGGAUCUCCAAAUCGGCGGCGCAGUACGUGUGGAGCGGCGGCGCCCUCGCCGACCAGGACGACGUCGACAUGCUCUUCAACCUCACGGAGGAGAUCCGGGACACCCACACCGACAGCUGGGGCUCCCAGCUGGCCAACUACACCGGAUCGUACGGCGAGUGGUUCCUGGAGCAGUGAGUACAGUGUUGGUGUGCCUGUGU